UACACGUCAAAAGGUAGAGUUGAAAUUGAAGACAUUUUUCAAUUCUCAAUUAACAACAUUUACGGUUUUAGUUAGUAAGAAACAAAAAGAAUUGUGUCGAAAAAUAAUUAAGUAACUACGGCUGGAUGUCUGUGUGAAAAUUCGCAAUCAUUCCGUGUAUAAUAACUCAUGAUUUGCUAGGCUAAGCUUUAUCAUAUAAAAUGGGUGGUCUGUUUAGUUACUUUCGGGGUCUGUUAGGGGCGCGUGAAAUGAGAAUUUUGAUCCUCGGAUUGGACGGCGCCGGAAAAACCACAAUAUUAUACAAAUUACAAGUUGGAGAGGUGGUAACUACUAUACCGACCAUCGGGUUCAACGUAGAACAAGUAACAUACAAAAACCUCAAGUUCCAGGUUUGGGAUCUUGGUGGACAAACAAGUAUUAGGCCGUACUGGCGAUGUUACUAUGGCAACACAGAUGCAAUAAUUUACGUAGUCGACUCUGCAGACAGAGAUCGAAUAGGAAUAUCCAAGGAUGAAUUGGUGCAUAUGUUAAGAGAGGAAGAGUUAGCAAAUGCUAUACUGGUAGUGUUAGCCAACAAACAGGAUAUGGCGGGCUGCCUUACAGUGGCAGAGGUGCACCAGGCGCUGGGGCUGGAUGCCCUCCGUGACAGAACCUUCCAGAUCUUCAAGACUUCAGCAGUGCGCGGCGAAGGCCUGGACCAAGCGAUGGACUGGCUAUCUGAUGCAUUACAAGCCAGGAAAUAACCUUGCAGGGAUGCUAAGCUUGAAGUUAAGAUGUGGGAGACGGACGGACACAAGCGUGGAGAGGAGAGAAAUAAAUUAUCUGUUAGUCAUAUGUUUAACGCCAUUAAGUUAGUACUUAGCGUCGCCGCCUGCCCAACAUUACUUAUUACUUGCUUUCAAGUUAAGUAACUAUCCUAUUUUGGAAAUUUAUAUUAUUUCUCAUAGCCAAAUUUUAAAAUUAAUAUUAUUUGAUUUAUAUCAAUGCAUAAAAGCUUUUUAUAUAUUUUGUACGUUAUUUGUUAAGUGAAAAAAGUAGUACAUGAGAAUUAUUAUGUAUCUUGUAUUAUAAAAUGUCUUUUAAUGAUUUGAUAUUAUGAAUUGUAUUUGCUUGUAUAAACAUUUGUUAAAUUUAUGAAAAUGUAAUUAAGAAAUUGUAAUAACCAGAACCGUUAAAAAUUAUGAACAAUAAGGCAAAAAUAAAUUGUGGAUAUUUUUUACUUAAAAAUUAAACAAAAAAAUAAUUUUUCGCACUAUUUUAAAAUAAUUCAAAUUAGUUUUUUUAUUGGUAAUCAAGAACUAAAAUUGUAUUUCUAAAAGCGCACAAACCCUCUUUUUCUAUGUUUUGAUGCACCUGAAAAAACUGACGAGUCGUCAGCUUCUAAAAUACUUGAUUUUAUUUUCUAUGCAAUAAUCACAAUAUUUUUUAGUGUUAUAAAAUUUCAUCUUUAUAAGAACUGUCAAUAUGACAGCGCGCGGGAAAUGACGUUUCGUAUCUGUCAAAAUAUCAGUGUUGCUAGUCGCACCGGUUACCGGCGACCGAUGUGGCGGGCAGAAUGGCGAGCGACGCGUUAUCAGUAGAUAAAACAAUUGUUUUGGUAUUAUAGAUAGAUGCAGCAGGCGACGGAUGUAUAAACUAUAGGGUACAUAUAAGUUAUUACAAUUAUUGAUUGAUUAUAAUAUAUUUUGUAUCAGUGACGUUCACUCAAGCUAUGUGUAAUUUAUUGUAUGGCGGCAAGAAAAGAAAAUUGUUUUAAAUACAAUAUCCUGUAUUA